AUGGAGCCGUUGCACCACAAUCUCCCAGACUCAAAGCAACCGUCGCCAUUCCAGCCGGAGACGGGCAAUGGUGUUGUUCCUCGCGUAUUCGCCUUCAUCUGCACAAUGAGAGUUAUUAUCCGUGAAGACCCUCGGGGUGUCUCCGAGUACAUCGCUGAAUAUAUAGUUAGCCGAAUCAAUUCGUUUAACCCUACGGCUGAGAAGCCAUUUGUUCUCGGUCUUCCAACCGGUAGCAGUCCAGAGAUCAUCUAUCGCAUUCUCGUGCAAAGGCACAAGGCCGGCGAGAUCUCGUUUCGCAAUGUCGUUACUUUCAACAUGGACGAAUAUGUCGGCAUCCCGCGCGACCACCCCGAAUCAUACCACAGCUUCAUGUACAAACACUUCUUCUCACAUGUCGAUAUACUCCCCGCCAACAUAAACAUCUUGAAUGGCAAUGCGCCCGAUCUCGCCGCCGAGGCAACAUCCUACGAAGCCAAAAUCGCGCGCAUGGGCGGCAUUGAGCUUUUCUUGGGUGGUGUCGGACCAGACGGCCACAUCGCCUUCAACGAACCAGGCUCCUCGCUCGCAAGUCGCACACGAGUGAAGACCCUUGCUUACGACACCAUCGUCGCCAACUCCCGCUUUUUCGACAAUGAUGUCAGCAAGGUCCCCAAGAAGGCGCUCACAGUCGGUAUCCAGACGAUCAUGGAUGCGCGCGAAGUCGUAAUUGUUUGCACGGGAUCGCACAAGGCGCUUGCCCUUCACCACGGUCUCGAGGGGGGCGUAAAUCACAUGUGGACUUUAUCCGCACUGCAAUUGCAUCCUCACCCGCUUAUUGUCGCGGACCGAGAUGCCACGAUGGAACUCAAGGUCAAGACAGUGAAAUACUUCGAGUCCAUUGAAGAGUCGGGCACAGAUGCGCGUACUCAGGGCCCCCCAUUGGUCUACAGACCGCGAACCUACGUGCCCGCUCCUCUACUCACAACCGGAACCGCAGCAGCACAAUUAUCCAACAACACCAACAACAACAUCACAUCCGCACCUCUGGUCGACGCUGGAGCGCGCGUCCUCGUCCCCAAAGAUCUCAAGAUCAACACUGAUAUGCGCCGCUCGGCAGAUGAGGAUGGCGAACUCACGCCGGACAGUAUGUCAUCACGGAUAUUGGAUUCGGGGAUUUCGGGAUUGGAUGCCGCGCUCAAGGGGGAGUUGUUGCCUGAUCCGAUGGCGGCGAGGAUGACUCCUGUUUAG